AUGACUGUGAUUAAAGCCGUAUUAUACAUGAGGAUCUUGCUAGUGAUACGAUGGUUUGGGAUGAUUUUAUCUUUUACUGGAUUCACCCAAGCUGGACAUCAGCACUACCACAGUCCCACAGAAGUGGUGAUUCCCUUGAAGCUAACUGGAAAAGCCAGAGGUAUGAGGCCUCCAGGUUGGAUUUCCUAUAGCCUGAGACUUGAGGGCCAGAGACACAUUAUCCAUAUGAAGGUCAAGAAUUUUCUUCUUCCCAAACACCUCCCAGUGUUCAGCUACACUGAUCAGGGUGCUCUGCUUGAAGAUGACCCUUUUAUACAGGAUGAUUGCUACUAUCAUGGUUAUGUGGAAGGGGACUCAGAAUCAUUAGUUUCCCUUAAUACCUGUUUUGGAGGAUUUCAAGGAAUAUUUGAGAUAAAUAACACUGCUUAUGAAAUCAUGCCCUUGAAGUUUUCUAAGACAUUUGAACAUCUAGUAUAUAAGAUGGUCAGUAAAAAAACACAGUCUGUAACCAGUUCCGGCCUUAUGGAAGACAAAAUAACAUGCCAAGUAGACUUUCAAAAGACUGAUAGUGCCACUCUGAGGAAAAAUAGUUAUGAAGGCUGGUGGGUCCAUUUUAGAAUUAUUGAAUUAGUAGUGGUUAUUGAAAAGGGUCUAUAUGAGCACUAUGGAAGAAAUGACUCAGUAUUGCUUGCAAAUCUAUACACUAUAGUAAAUAUAGUGGAUUCCAUUUACGAUGCUCUCAGUAUUAAAGUAUUAUUGGUUGGUUUGGAGAUUUGGACUACAAGAAACCAAAUUAUAAUAGAUGAUGUAAGAAAAUCUCUAAGGAUAUAUUGCAAGUGGAAAUAUGAGAACAUUCAGAAUAGACUAAAGCAUGACACUGCACAUCUUUUCAUAAAUAGGCACUUAAGAGGAUUAAGUGGCCUAGGUAAAACAGGUGGGAUGUGUGACCAACCUCAUAGUUGUGCAAUUGUUACUUUCAUAGACAGAACUUUGGCCAUUUCUGCAAUUGCUGUGGCCCAUCACUUGGGCCAUAAUUUGGGCAUGAACCAUGAUGAACAUUGGUGUACAUGUGGAAAACCUCAAUGCAUAAUGCACAUAGAUAAUCCACCAAUAACUAAAUUUAGCAAUUGUAGUUAUAAUUCCUUUUGGGGCUACAUUAUUAAAAGCACAAACUGUUUGAUGGAAAAUAUGUACACAAAGGAUAUCUUUAAUGUAACACGCUGUGGGAAUGGUGUUGUUGAAGAACAAGAGGAAUGUGACUGUGGAUCUUUACAGCACUGUGUGAAAGAUCUCUGUUGUAUGUCAAACUGCACUCUGAGUAUGGGAUCUACUUGUGCCUUUGGACUUUGCUGUAAAAACUGCCAGUUUUUACCAUCAGGGGAAGUGUGUAGAAAAGAGACAAACAUUUGUGAUCUUCCAGAGUGGUGCAAUGGAACUUCCAAUAAGUGUCCAGAUGAUGUAUAUGUGGAAGAUGGAAUUCCUUGUAAUGAUUCAGCCUACUGCUAUGAAAAGCGAUGUAAUGACCGCAAUGAACAGUGUAGGCAGAUUUUUGGCCAUGAGGCAAAGACUACAAAUCCGAGUUGCUACAAAGAAAUGAACACCAAAGGUGAUCGUUUUGGCAACUGUGGUAUUCAGGGAGUUAAGUAUAUAAAAUGUGAUGAUAAGGAUGUCCUGUGCGGGAGAAUUCAGUGUGAAAAUGUGACAACAGUUCCUAAUAUGAAAAGUCACCACACUCUACACUUUGCUCAUAUCAAUGACAUGACCUGCUGGGGUACCGAUUAUCACCUUGGGACAGGUUUAACUGACAUUGGUGAUGUGAAAGAUGGCACAGAAUGUGGCCCAGAACAUAUCUGCAUCCGUAGGCACUGUGUGCAUAUAUCUGCUUUGGACAGCAAUUGCUCACCUGAAUUCUGUAAUAAGAGAGGCAUCUGCAACAAUAAACAUCACUGCCAUUGCAACUAUUUGUAUGAUCCUCCUAACUGCUUGACCGAAGGCUUUGGAGGCAGUGUUGACAGCGGCCCACCUCCAAGGACAGAGAAGAACAAGAUGUUUUGUUACCUGUGUCUCUUGUUGAUCAUUAUUUUGCUUAUUUUAUUGUGUUGUCUUUUUUGCCUUGUUUUCCCUCGAAAGAAAAAGCUCAAAAGUGAGACAGCAAAGCCCAAAGUUCAGAGCAAUGUACACAGUCAACCUAGCUCACUGCAUUCCCAGAGUCUGCCUCCAUCAAGAAAGUCAUCAAUAACACCUCCAAGAGUGUCAUCCAAAAAAAGUGUCCAUUAA